AUGACGCGCUUGUCGACUUCGCGGGUCUGCCUACUCGCCGCCGCAUCGCUCAUUUUCUUGCACUACACCACCUCCGUCUUCAGGCCCUUCACCGACUCUCUUGGCUUUUCACGCGUUACUACAGCAUCAACCAAAGCUGGAACCUGUUCGCCGCACGACUGGGCCGAUGGACAUUGGGAACAUCGACCACGGCCGCGUGUGCCUGGCGUGAACGACACCGUCAUGACGGACCGCAACGACAUCUUCAAGUACAACGGCUUGCAAGGUUGCGCAUCCGAUCGCGAGUUCCAUUGGCAUCUGCGUGCGGACAACGAAGGGCUUUACGAUCGCUUCCCCGACGUAACCGAAUAUGUAUGGGUGCCGAGCUCGAAGUGCACUGGGGUGGACCCUCUUACGCCUCAAGGCCUCAUCAAACAUCUCGUCGAGGAAGGCAGCUGGCUCGUUCUUGGAGAUUCGGUCACCGAGAAUCACUUCUUCUCGCUGUCUUGCACCCUCUUCCCGCACGUCCGCGCGACGCCGAACUACACCGAGAACCCCUACUUCGACCGCGCAUGGCCACAGCACCUCUACCUCAACCCGAACUCGCCAAUCGUCAAGGACCUCGACAUGCCAGGGGGCUUCGACAUCGCCGAGACGCCGCUCGUCACGUUCCGCCGUAUGGAUCUCCUCCUGACGAAACCCGAACUCGAGGCGUUGCACAAGGCGAAGCAUCCCGAGAUGUACGCGAAUGGCGACUUCGUGCUGUUCGGCGACGAGCAGGACUGGAAUCGGUCGCCGGCGGAGUACUUCGAAUGGUUCACUGCGCCCGCGCCGUUCCGCUAUGCGACGCUCAUCACGAAUACGGGCGGGCACUGGCAUCCCAAUCUAUUACAAGGCCUCAAAGACGAGGAAGCCGAAGGACAGGGUAUCCGCGCCGUGCUGCAAUUCUUUGGCGAGGCGAUGGAGUACUGGGCGCACGAGGCUCAAGCGUACAUGGAUAACAUCCGCGUGAAGGAGGAGGCGGAGCAACUGCAGAUUGCUGGCCUCGGCGGUGCGGGGCGGAAGGGAGCUGUGAAGCAGUUGAGGAGAGAAGUCAUCGUGCGGGGGUAUACGCCUGGGCAUGAAGAUUGCCAUAUGGAGCGCGCGCCGUGGGACGUCUUCCAUCCUGAGAUCGCGUUCCGGUGGAGGUGGUUCAACUGGGCUUGGAUACACUCGGAUAUGAAUGAGAUCUUCGAGAAAAUCCUCGCAUCGCCGCGAUACCCUGAUCUUCACUUCCUGCGCAUCGAGAAUCCGGCCCUAUUGAGGCCAGACGCGCACGGACCGAGCGAUUGCUUGCAUCUUAUGUCCGGCUCGGGCGUCCUCGAGAGCUUCACGCACUACAUUUGGCAUUACGUCUCGAAAGAGCUGCCCUCCGGUGCUCCCUGA